AUGGGUCCUGGUUGUCAAUUUUCGGAGAAGAGGGAAACUCAUAUCACCGCCGCCAUGGGAAAUUCACAAAAAGACGACCGAGAGGUUGAUGAAGCUCACAGUUUCCAUGAUGAAGUUCCACAGAAGAAUCAUACCGACUACAAGUUGGUCGAUAAAGAAGUCGCCAAGUAUGCUACCGAUACAGCCAUUCAUAUCGACGAGGAAACAAACCAGCGACUGAGGCGGAUGGUUCAUAAACGGAUUUUGGUGGUGAUGAUGGUCACAUACCUGAUUCAGACUCUUGACAAGGGCGCGAUGUCAUUUGCCUCAAUUAUGGGCAUCGUGGAAGAUGCGCAUCUGGCAGGAAAUCAAUACCAAUGGCUCACAACCGUGGUCUACCUCACGGUACUGGUUGUGGAAUACCCGGAAAAUUGGAUCAUUCAACGCGUUCCCAUCGGAAAGUGGCUUUCAGCAAACAUCUUUCUAUGGGGCGUCUGCAUCACACUCAUUUCGGCCAUGAAGAACUUCACAGGCUUGGUCAUUCUCCGAGCAUUCAUGGGUGCCUUUGAGGCUGCGUGCCAGCCGACAUUUGUCAUUCUGUCCUCGACAUGGUAUCGACGAGAGGAGCAGGGAAGUGUUAUCAAUUUAUGGUACAUGAUGAAUGGUCUUCAAAAUGUUGUCGGUGGCCUCCUAGCCUUUGGGUUCUCUUUCGUCCCCUCCAGCUCUCCUCUCAAGUCAUGGGAGGCUAUGUUCAUGACUUACGGUCUCUUGACUGUCAUUUGGGCGGUCUUCGUAUACUUCUGGAUGCCGGAUUCCCCCAUGCGGGCAAAAUGUUGGACCGAAGAAGACAAGCAGCUGAUGGUUGAACGAGUGCGUCAAAACCAAACAGGUUUGCAGAACCGAAGCUUCAGAAAAGAGCAAGUUUGGGAUGCCCUGACUGACCCUCAACUGUACGCUUUUGCGCUCAUCCAGCUUCUCACGACUAUUCCCUCCGGAGGCAUUGGCGCUUAUGCCAACAUCAUUCUGAAGUCUUUUGACUUCAGCACCUGGGAAGCCCAGCUCUUGUCCAUGGUCAUUGGCGCCGUGACAACAAUCACGAUGCUGGUCUCGGCUUACCUCGACCGCAAAUUCCAUCAGACUAUCUGGAUCAUGAUCAGCUCAGUUGUACCAUCCAUCCUGGGCUGCUCGAUCCUCAUCGGCAUUCCUUUCUCUCCAAGCAAGCGUGUCGGUAUGCUCAUCGCUUAUUGGAUCUUCUAUUCAUUCUUCGCCGUCUCGUCGCUUUCAUUGGCAUUGCUGUCGCGAAAUGUCGCCGGACAGACCAAGAAGUCCAUCAUCAUCUCCUGCAACUUUGUCUUCUGGGCUGCCGGUAAUGCUGUCGGCCCCCAGGUCUUCCGUGAUAAGGAUGCCCCGCGAUACUACCUCGCGUUUUCCAUUCUGAUCGGAUGCUUUGGUCUUGUGGUGAUCAUCCUUCUUUCUUUGAGGCUUUGGUAUAGCAUCCAGAAUCGCAAACGAGAUGCAAAGAUCGCAUCUGGAGAAGUCGUGCCUGAUGUCAACUUCACUCAUGCCUUCGAGGAUAUCACCGACCGUGAAAAUCCCCAUUUCCGAUACGUUUACUAA